ACACACACGCGCGCGCGCUGUGGGAUGUAAGCCUGUGGCCGGUGGUCGGAGUGAGGAACGUUCCCGGUGAGAGCCAAUGGAGAGGAACCGGAAUGCCACGCAGGGGAGCGAGACCACCGCACACAUCGCCCGCUUUACUGUCUGUCACCGGCCCCCCUGGACACUCAGUGUCCUGUUUGCCGUCCAGCACCUACUGGUUCAGGCCUCUCUGCUCCAGUCUGUCCACUACUUGCUGUUAGAUUCCGCCCCCUCUGCCCAGCACAGCCCCCAGCACGGAUACCAGCUGAUGCCCAGCAGCCUCUUCUCCUCAGGCCUCGCCACCCUCGCCCAGGCCAGUGUGGGCACCAGGCUGCCACUGGUUCAGGCUCCAACCUUCGAAUACCUCAUCCCCUCCAUGAUCUUCAUCACCCAAUCCACGGGCAUCAAUGGCUCCAACCACAAUGGAACAGCUGAUGUGGGGCCUUGUGAGGCUGGGAGAUGCCCAGACCAAGAGGCCGAGGUCCGAGACAGAUGGCGUCACGGCCUGUCCCAGGUGCGAGGGGCGGUGGUGAUCUCGGGGGCCGUGCGUGUGUUGUUGGGACUGUGUGGGGUUUACGGGCUCCUGUCCCGACACUGUGGGCCCAUGGUACUGGCUCCCUUGUUACUGAUUAUCGGGCUCUCCUUCUACAAAGAGGCGACACAUUUCAGCUCAUCCCAUUGGGGAAUCUCUGCCGCGUUCAUCGUCCUGGUCGUCCUUUUAUCUCAACAUUUCGGAUCCUGUUUCGUUCCCAUCUGGAGAUGGAGACGAUCCCAGGGAUUCUCCGUGUGCGCCUACAUCCCGCUUUUCCGGAUAUUCUCGCUGCUUUUCCCGACUCUGUGCCUCUGGCUGUCGAGUGUAAUCCUGAGGGAAUUGCAGAUCAUGGAACCUUAUCCAGCGGGAAAGAUCCCGGGAAUUCUCAACAGCAGCAGCAGCAACAACAGCAGCGCACAGCGCGUUCCGUGGCUCAAAAUUCCCUAUCCAGGUGAGUGGGGCCCACCCGCCUUCACGGUCCAGGCUGUGUGCAUUGGGAUCACCAUGGCAACAGCCACCAGCAUCAGCUCCAUGGGAUGUUACAUAAUGGCCGCCAAGGUCCUGGGCUGCCCUCACCCGCCUCGAGACGCCCACAACCGGGGUAUCAGCCUGGAGGGACUGGGCAGCUGUGUGGCCGCCUUCCUGGGCAGUGCCUUCGGGAUCUCCUCAAGCGUUCCCAACGUGGGAGCUCUGAUGCUCACACAGGUUCAGGCUCGUCGCUCGGUGCACAUCAACGGCCUGCUGUGUCUGCUGCUCGGAAUGUCCCCCAAACUCACCUCGUUCCUCAGCAUGGUUCCACCCGCCAUUCACGGGGGAAUGCUGAGUGUGACCUACACCACCGCGGUGGCUGUGGGAGUGUCCUAUUUCCAGUUCACCGACAUCGACUCCGGACGCAAUAUCUUCAUCAUCGGCUUCGCUGUCUUCAUGGCUUUGCUGGUCCCUCGCUGGUUCCUCCAACACCCCCAGCACAUCUCCACAGGUGUCCGGAGCCUGGAUAUCUUCAUAUUGUCUUUGCUGUCUAUGCCUGUGAUCCAGGGAGGAAUCCUGGCCUAUCUGCUGGAUAACACUGUCUCAGGGACGUUGGCGGAGCGGGGGCUGGUGGCUGGAUUUCCCGGGCUGACGAGCGUGGAGGAGGGUCAGCCCGGACCGCGAGACUCAACUAAUGUCUAUCGUCUGCCCGCAGCCGUCAGACGUCUCCUGGAAUGUCUGAGCCUCAGAUCCUUUCCCUUGAGGAACCUCUGCCCAGACUCUGACCUGCCCCUGGUCUUGCCCGGUUCCCCUGAAGAGAAGACGGACUUCCUGCCGUGCUCCCGGGAGGGGGAAGGGGGAGGAACGCCAGCCAUUGACGCUAGUAAAGAGCUGGGGGUCUUGGGGUGUUAGACGGACGAGUGUGAGCGGGCAGCGGGGGCGGGGGAGAGGGGGUGGUUGGGGGAGUAUCUUUGACCAAUGACCUUGCAGAUCAUGGAUCGGGAUGGAGUCUAGAUGUUAAGCCACGAUCUCACUCUUGCCUUUUUUUGGGGGUGGGGGGGGGGUUUAUUUUUAUAU